CCGCCUCCCUCAGUGCGACCUUGCAGCGGCUGCGGCGGCGGCGCCCCAGCGGCUGGGUGGUAGGCAGUCGGUGCCCAUGAGCCGCGCCGAGCGGAGUGCAGCGCAGCCCAGACCAGCCCCGGCCCACCUGGCGCCAGGUAACAGGGGAGGAAACUGAGGCCCAAAAGAGUCACGUGGACGGUACCCAGUGUCCACCUAGAAGCGAUGAACCCUUCUGCUCUGAGCUAAAGAUCUGGUCCCUUGCUAGGCCCCUUCACCGCCCCCACUGUUCGCCAGGAUGAGGGUCUGGAAGGCUGUGGCCGUCACGGGGGUCUUCAUGAGUGUGGACGUGGGCAUCACUACGGUGCUCUAUGCCUUCAGUCAUCGGGACCGGGGCGUGCUGCAGGACCUGAAAGACUUCAACAUCUUCGACUCGGUGCUGGACCUCUGGGCCGCCUGCCUGUACCGGAGCUGCCUGCUUCUGGGGGCCACCAUCGGCGUGGCCAAGAACAGUGCCCUGGGCCCCCGGCGGCUUAGGGCCUCCUGGUCCUUCAUCAUCCUGGUGUGCCUCUUUGUGGGCAUUUACACCAUGGUGAAGAUGCUCCUCUUCUCUGAGGUACGCAAGCCCAUCCGGGACCCCUGGUUCUGGGGCCUCUUUGUCUGGACCUAUACCUCCAUCGGGGCCACGUUCUUUCUCUGCUGGCUGCUGUCCACUGUGCGUCCGGGCCACACGGUACUGGAACCAGGGGCACCAGGCGAGGGCGAGGGCUACCCCACAGAGGAGCAGCCAAAGCAGGAGGAGACAUCGGGGGCUACGCUGCAGAAACUGCUCUCCUACACUAAGCCUGACCUGGCCUUCCUGGUAGCUGCCUCCUUUUUCUUGGUGGUGGCAGCUCUUGGAGAAACAUUCCUUCCCUACUACACUGGCCGGGCCAUCGAUGGCAUUGUCAUCCAGAAGAGCAUGGACCAGUUCUCCAAGGCCGUGGUCAUCCUGUGCAUCCUCGCUCUUGGCAGCUCAUUUGCCGCAGGUAUUCGGGGCGGCAUUUUUUCACUCAUCUUUGCCAGACUCAACAUCCGCCUCCGUAACUGCCUCUUCCGCUCCCUGGUGUUACAGGAGACGAGCUUCUUUGACGAGAACCGGACAGGGGACCUCAUCUCCCGCCUAACCUCGGACACCACCAUGGUCAGUGAUCUCGUCUCCCAGAACAUCAACAUCUUUCUCCGAAAUAUAGUCAAGGUCACCGGCGUCGUUGUCUUCAUGUUCAGCCUCUCUUGGCAGCUCUCCCUGGUUACCUUCAUGGGCUUCCCCAUCAUCAUGAUGGUGUCAGAUAUCUACGGCAAGUACUACAAGCGGCUUUCCAAAGAGGUCCAGAAUGCCCUGGCCAGGGCUAGCAAUACAGCCGAGGAGACCAUCAGUGCUAUGAAGACGGUCAGGAGCUUUGCCAAUGAGGACGAGGAGGCCGAGGUGUAUUAUCGGAAGUUACAGCAGGUGUACAAGCUGAACAGGAAGGCAUCCAUGGCCUAUACGUACUACGUGUGGGGCAAUGGGCUCACCCUGCUGGUGGUGCAGGUCAGCAUCCUCUACUACGGGGGCCACCUCGUCAUUUCAGGCCAGAUGACCAGCGGGAACCUCAUCUCUUUUAUCAUCUAUGAGUUUGUUCUGGGAGACUGUAUGGAGUCAGUCGGCUCUGUCUACAGUGGCUUGAUGCAGGGGGUAGGAGCAGCCGAGAAGGUGUUUGAGUUCAUUGACCGGCAGCCAACCAUGGUGUAUGAUGGGACCCUGGCCCCUGAUCACCUGGAGGGUCGAGUGGACUUUGAGAAUGUCACCUUUACCUACCACACCCGUCCUCACACCCAAGUCCUGCAGAAUGUUUCCUUCACCCUCUCCCCGGGGAAGGUGACUGCCCUCGUGGGGCCCUCAGGGAGUGGGAAGAGCUCCUGUGUCAAUAUUCUGGAGAACUUUUACCCUGUGGAUGAGGGUCGGGUGCUGCUGGACGGGCAGCCCAUCAGCUCCUACGAACACAAGUACCUGCACAGAGUGAUCUCCCUGGUGAGUCAGGAGCCCGUUCUGUUUGCUCGCUCCAUCACGGACAACAUCUCCUACGGGCUGCCCUCGGUACCCUUCGAGCUGGUGGUAGAGGCCGCCCAGAAGGCCAAUGCUCAUGAUUUCAUUAUGGAGCUGCAGGAUGGCUAUGGCACAGAGACUGGAGAAAAGGGAGCCCAGCUGUCCGGCGGUCAAAAGCAGCGAGUCGCCAUGGCCAGAGCCCUGGUCCGGAACCCGCCUGUCCUCAUCCUGGAUGAAGCCACCAGUGCCCUGGAUGCAGAAAGCGAAUACCUGAUCCAGCAGGCAAUCCACGGCAACCUUCAGAAGCACACAGUCCUGAUCAUUGCCCACCGCCUGAGCACCGUGGAGAAGGCGCACAGCAUCAUUGUGUUGGACAAGGGGCGUGUGGUGCAACAGGGGACCCACAAGCAGCUGCUGACCCAGGGCGGUCUCUACGCCAAGCUGGUUCAGCGGCAGAUCCUCGGACUGGAAAUGGACACAGAGGAUGACAGUGGAGGGGGUGGGGGCAGCCAACAGGAGAUGAAACCCUUCCCCUCCAGCCGCAAGGAGCCCCCGGACGGGCACGACGAGGUGCACAAGGCGUGAAGCCCUCUUCCUUCUUCCCCCCAUCCCCAGCCUAGGCUGGGAACGGGGCUGCAAUGCCUGAGCUGGCAGAAGCCCCGGAGGGAGGCCCCGGGCAGCCCAGCCCAGAGCCUGCUGGGACCUGGGGCGCGUCUCACUUGAAGACAGAGGCUCAAGACCAUGCCCUGGAGGGCAAAGCCUGUUUACUAGUUGAGCACAUUACCGCUUCAUGCUCCCCUCCCCACCUCUACAGAAGACAGGCCCCCUCCUCCUCCUGGCUCCUCGAGGCUGGGCUCCUAGCAGAAAGCCGGAGGUGUGCUCCCUCCCUUACCAGGCAGUGCCACCCCCCUCUUCUCUCUGGCCCGGCCCGCAUCCCUGCCUGAGUCCUAGGGUCACUGGGGGAGGAGGCAGGUCCGUGUAGUUCCGCCCUGGCGGCCCACCUAGUGCUGCACUGGCGGGUCCCUCUGCGCAGGCGCUUCCUGGGGAGUCAGAGACCCAUUCUGAAGCAGAGCUGUCCCCGGGGUUCAAUCCUUGGGUCCAGCCGAGUGUAGCCCCAUGCAGCUUCUGAUUGUUCUUCAAAAAAAAAAAUCAUUUCUCCAUCGAAUAGCUAGGAAAGACUCGGGGCAGUCCUAUGAGAAAUUCCCCAAACCUCCAUUCCCCCUGGGAGCUGAGAGUGACUCAUCCUCCCCGCUGGGAAACAGGCCGGUGGUAGCUGUGGAGAGUUAGCGUCUGCCACCUGCCCACCCCCGCCCUCAAAUGGCAGAGGAGGCCCAGCUAGCUGAAUCCCUCCCAGGCGCCUCAGGGUCGGAGGGCCAGCUCUACUCCCUUUAUGCCCUUACCCCCUGCCUGUUGAGUGAAGGAGAGGAGGGUCAGAGGAGGUGGGCCACAGGGUCGGGCCAGGCUGGAGUAAGGGGGAAAUCCUUAGUGUCUUCCUCCCUUCCGUGCCGCUGAAGCCAAGCCAGUCUCACUGUGAACCACAAUGAACCUUAAUCCUGGGGAGUGAGGGGCCAGACGGCAGGCCAUGGCACUGCCUUGAUGGCUGGCACCCAUCUCCAGCACUUCAGGCUCCCUGUCCCUGCCAGCUGGCAGCCUCCCCUCCUCCUUCGCUCUCCUCUGUUUGCUGGUCUUUUGGUGGUGAUGUUCUGUUCUCUGUUUGUCGGGUUGCUGGGAGGGUCAGGGGAGGCUGGGCCUGGUUCCGGGCUUUUUCCAAACCCUUGGAGGAGCCCUCCUCUCAAUAAAGUACACCUCUGUUCCUCUA